AUGCAGUCCCUGCUCGGUAAAUAUUCCUACUGUUUCAGGCACGCUGGAUAUUCUUAUUGUGGAGAUACUGCUGCUCAUGCUUUCAAACAAAUCGUGCCUGAAAAUGUCGAUCGUGUUUUCGUAUUAGGACCAUCACAUGUUGUUUGCCUGAAUGGAUGUGCUCUUACUACAUGUAGUAAAUAUCGUACACCACUUGGCGAUUUACACAUUGAUAUGGAAGUUAAUGACGAACUUCGAGCGACACGUCAAUUCGAUCUUAUGGAUAGAAGCGAUGAAGAGGCGGAACAUAGUAUUGAAAUGCAAAUGCCGUUCAUUGCAAAGGUUAUGGAAGGGUAA